AUGCGCAACGAGAUGAGCGCAAACGUGAUCCUCACCGGCGGCACCUCCAUGUUCCCAGGAAUGGCGGAGAGGCUGGAGCGAGCGUUGACCACCAACGAUGGUGGCGGGCCACCGCACGCGGUCAAAGUGAUCAACCAAUCGCUGUCCCGGUCGCCUCGCUCAUCGUCGGCCUCGUCGAUGCUGAGGUCGCAUUCGCCGCCGACCGAUUCCUUGGUCUUUGCCAAGGCCGAGGCGGAGGAGGAAUGCUGCGCAGCGCUGGAUUACGACGACGACGCUUCCUCCGAAGAUGAAGAGGAACCGAAGUUCCAGGUGCAGAAGAAGGAAAAGAAGGAGGCAGAAAAGGAGGAGAAGAAGGAGGAGAAGGCGGGACCGCCGCCGGCGCAGAUGCGGGACAUCAUCAUGAAGCAGAAGGCCAGCGGCAGCUGGGACUGGAGCGACGCCGCCGGCCUCGUGGGUCUCACCGCCGACAAGCUCCGCAGCGGCAUCCCCUCGGCCAAGCUCCUCACCGUGGACAAGGAGGUGGAGGCGCUGUGGGCGACGGCCGUGGUGGCGGCCUUCCUGCAGAAGAGGUUCCCCGGUCAGAAGACCAACUGGGACCUGGUGGUGAAGAAGGCCCUCAAGUUCAUCGCGCGUCAGAAGAAGAACGUCAAGCUCGCCUCUGAAAGCGAGGAGAUCGACUGGGUGCAGCUCGCCACUGCCUUCCUCCCCUGA